AUGUCUUUCAACGGUAGGGGCUCAUCUUCACACAAGGAGCCACAACCUGAUGGCAGUCAAGUCGAAGACACCAAACCCGACCAAGCAUCGUCUGGACCGUCAGUAAUGAUGGGUGAAGAACCAAAGGAAAAAACCCUGACUGAAGAACGAAAGCAUCGUCAAGGAUUUUACAAUCGCGAUCGAAGAAUGUAUGGAGUCCAGCGUACGUUUGGAUUUUGGGAACCUGCGGGUCGCGAAGGCGCAGAGCAAGAUGCAGCAAACAAAGAUGAAUCUAAUUCCGACUGGAUUUCCACUUCCGAAUGGGAUUCCGAUGCUCCAUACCCUCCCCCCCAGAUUAAGAAUUGCAACCUCCGCGACUACAACAUACCUGUCAAUGAUAAAACUCCCAUGGAUAAUCUUAGCUUGGAACAAUUUAUACUUACGGAGACUGAAAAUAUCCUUACAAGUUCAUGCAUUUCUUGGUUACGAAAACAUCAUCCUGCUUUGGUAGCUAGGGAAGGAUGGGGUAAUGGCAAAAAAGGUUCUUUGGAGGUGAAACAACCCGAAUAA